CUGUGUCGGUACCAUCAUUAUUCACUAUUCGCGAUGGAGAGAAAGCUCGAAGGCGAAGGAGAUGGUGGGACUAUCGCCACGUGGCUGAACAAGCACCGUCAGAUGUACUCUCGAGCUACGCGACACCCUUUCAUCCUCUCCAUCAAAGACGGGACCGUCGAUUUCUCUUCAUUCAAACGAUGGCUUGGACAGGACUACUUAUUUGUUAGGGAAUUCGUCCCGUUCAUUGCUAGUAUUCUUUUGAAGGCAUCAAGGGAGUCAAAUGAUGGCUCAGACAUGGAAGUUAUAUUAGGCGGUGUGGCUGCUCUGCACGACGAAAUAUCAUGGUUCAAGAAAGAAGCAUCCAAAUGGGAUGUCCCACUAACGGGCGUUGCUCCUCAAGAGGCAAACAAGGAUUACUGCAGGUUUCUUGAAAGCAUGACAAGCUCGGAUGUUGAAUAUACAGUGGCGAUUACAGCAUUUUGGGCUAUUGAGGCAGUGUACCAAGAGAGCUUCUCUCUCUGCCUUGAAACUGAUUGUAAGACUCCACAAGAACUGAUGGAGACUUGCAAGAGAUGGGGCAACAUUGGUUUCAAGCAAUAUUGUGAUUCUCUCCGGCAGAUUGCCGAUAGGCAUCUUAAGAAGGAGCCAGAGGUCGUGCGGAGAAAAGCCGAAGAGGCAUUCAUACGUGUUCUUGAAUUUGAAGUUGGAUUUUGGAACAUGAGCAAUGGCGAUUCGUGAAUGACUGAUCCAAGGUAGAGAAAAACAUGAUCUGGUAUGUUUAUUAUCUUUGUGACAUUGUUCUACAAUAUCAAAUAUCAGUGCCGACUGUGUAGAUGUUCUUGAAAUUGUAUGGAUUGUAAUAUCAUAUAGUUGAAUGGUUACAAGUUCUUGAUUAGAAUCUUGAACUUAAAUGAU